AUGGAUCGCCGCAUCCUUAGGUCCUCGCCGUGCAACGGCAGCGGUAAGAACCCGCCCCCUUCCUCUCCGACGGCGGUCUCACGGUCUGCGUCCUCCGGCGGCAUCGGCUCCAAGGACAACGACGCUGCCGGCGAGCGCAAGGCGCUGCUGCCGCAGCAGCCGUCUGGGGGCAUGGCGCGGAAGGGCCGCAAGGGGCCCAAACGCCGUGUGCAGUGGAAAGAUAGGCAUGGCAGCAAGCUCACCGAUGUCAGGGAGUUCCAGCCUAGGUAG